CUUUUCGUCCAUGUACGCAUCACGUUGAUAAUCUUGUGAUUCUUUCACGCUCGCAAAGAUUGUCGAUCGAAUCUACAGGUCAUGGACGUGCGUAUGUACGUGGUUCAGGAUAUGCCUUCAAGGAAGCACGAGAUUGUCUGAUCAGAGAAUGUAUGUAAGAUGUCCAGUGAAAGUUGUGAGGGAAAAUCCGAGAGCAUUAUGUAUUUGCCUGGCAGCAGUGAACACGACAUUGAAGCUAAGAAGAAAUCACGCCUCUUCAGUUUCCUUUAUGGACCAUAUAAACAGCAUCAUCACCUUGUCAAAUGUGUAAAUCAGAUAAGGAAAGAGAAUGGAGUUUUUUCAGAGAUGAGAGGACGCAUUUUCUGCCUUUUUCCAAUUCACAAUGGCAAAAUUGGGAGCAUCAUUGAACAAAGCAUAUGGUUACUUAACAUUAUACUUCCUGUUAUUUUCAUUCUUGUAGCCUGCUUGUGUGAAACAGAUACUGUUAUGUGUAUCUGCUCUGUGGCCCUGUGUGUGCUGAUUGCAUGUCAUGCCAUUACAGUUUUUCUUGUCUUGCACAACAGCAAGAUUGCUCGUAGACAGUGGUUUGUCAAAAAGGUGGACCUACAAAACUACUUUGGUAGAGAAAAUUGCAUUUUGGAGGUUACACUGGACAUCAUAGACACAGUACAGUUUCUAUCUGCAAGUCAGAAAAGUGACAUUAUCGCCAGACUGGCACGCAAUCAAGGAAACAAGCUGACUCUGAUUAUUUGCACAAAAUCAUAUUGGUCAAGUCGAGUGCUGGAUCCUCUUCUGUGCCUUAUGCUUCUGAUUAUUCUUUGCCUUGCUGCUCUCAUUGUUAAUGUAGAUAUACUUCGAAAACACUAUUUCAUGACAUGAGAAUUUAAAGUCAUGGAACACCCUGCAUGUGGUGUGUGCUUGCUGAAAGCAUCUUUACAUUCAUCCCUACUGUAAAGGUUAUUAUUGUUCCUUAGCAGCAUCACCUUGUUCCUGAGAAAAAGCUAAGGAUUAAAAGAAAAUAAAUUAUAGUCGUUCAAGCACAUCCAAGAAGUGCAUACAGAAGACAAAGAAUGUGAUUCUUGGAUACAAACAGUUUGCACUAAAUGUAUUUGGAAAUAAUGUAAGUUAGAAUGCCUUGACAGGAACUUUUGGUCAGACUGCUGUGAUAAUAUAUGUUUGUGUAACAUAUACUAACUCUCUCACUAUUAAUGGGUAUUAAUGGCUGAAAUACAGUAAAAUAUUUACAGAUUUGUGUACAAUAACAUGGCAGACAAAGGCAGUCUCUUUGGUGUAUCAUGGCAGGAGCUUUGGCAUUCACUGGCAGUCUUUCAGACAAAAUAUGGCAGUUGUGACUUAGCUUUUGUGUAGAUGUAAUUAAAAAAAAAGCCAAUUUUUUUUCCCCUGAAAGUGCACUUCUACAUUUUUGCACAAGCAGUAAGACUUGUAGUACAAAGUCUGCAUUUGCAAAAUGACACCAAGGUGGUUAAACUUUUUUUUUCUAAACCAGCCUCAGACGAGGUACAAAAGAAAGUACUUUUGGCCUCUGCUUAGUGUCUUGAAGUAUUAAGAAUGACAAAGCAUUUACAAUAUUUUUCUUAAUGUUUUGCUGCCGUAAUGUGCCACUCUACUGCUCCUUGUGCUUCCCUGUCCUCUCUCUCCUUUGCCCUCAUGAAAAGAUGCUCCAAGAUUUGUAUCAAUGUAAAUGUGAUGUCAUGAGUUAUAUAUGUCAGAUGUGUAUUUUUAAAAAAAAUCAAAAUAAGAAGAAAUCUGUUGAAGGAAUUGUGCAGUAUUAACCACAUGGUAGCUAUAGUUAGUGUUGUGAAUGGAACAGCAUUCUGCUCAAUAAUAACCACUUUUGAAAUUUUAACAUGCUAGGCCAGACUCUUUACUGCUUAAUAAGUGCAUCUUGUGGUAAUCCCAUUAUGUAAGAUAAACAUUAUUACCUUUUAUUUCUCAACCAAUCAGCAGUCAGUGAAGCAACCCAUCUGUAUGUUUGCCACCUUGGAAGUUAUCUCCCUUCUCCAUCACCAGAAAAUUGAAUUCUGACCAGUGAUGACUUAACAGUGAUUAAAGGUCACAUGAUGACUAGAGUUGGGCAGAGCCAGUGUGAUUGAAAAAAAAAAUUUAACUGGCACCCAUUUUUGACUUCAAGUAUUUUAGGCCCACAUGUUUUGAAGGUGCUGGGUGCAUGGCGUUCAUCAUUUCAGUUUAAGUUGUGGUUCCAUUUACUUGAGGCAUAAGGGAACAUAGUGUCUGUUUAUCUCAGAACCAAUUUCCUUAUAAAACAAGAAAAGACCUUAAAGGAAUUUUUAACUUGGUGUGAAAUAACUUGUGGUAAAAUAUUUACUGUUUGCUAGAAAGAAUAUUUUACUAUAUUUGCUAUAUCGCUUGUUGAUAUAUUUGUUAGUUUACAUAACAUGUUUCGUCCUAAAAUUAUAUAUAUAUUUUGAAGUUGAAUGCCAUUUACAGUUGCUUGUCCUAUUACAGUGAUAUGUGUAUGUGUAAACAGUAUAGAACAAUUUAUUUUAAUGAUACUCUAAUUAUGAUAUGUAUACAGUGACUUAAUCUUGCAUAAGGCCUUCGUCAGUCCUCAUAAAGUCAAAAUACUGAAGUUAUCAUACAAUGUGUUUAUUUGAAUAUGCUUAAAAAUAGGCAGGAGGCAUCCAUCUAACUUGUAAGUUUUUAGAGAUGGAAACUUGGUUUCAAAUCUGCAAGUAAAUGUUAUAUUAAAUGUUUUUGACCGAAGUUCUUUCCAGAGAGGAGAUGAGUAAUGUAUGCUUUCUGAGCAAGGCUUUACAUAAUAAGACAUGCUCAUGCUGUGAUACUGCUUUUCAUUUUUUUAGGUGUUCUAUUCUGAGAAUUUUUUUUCCAUUUUUUUUUUUUUUUUUUUUUACAUUAUCAUGUUGCACGUUUUCACAUUUUGCCUUUAUAAAAAGAAAUAAUGCAUUGGAUAGUGUUUUCCAUGUCACCAAAAGAGCUUUAUAUUAUUUAAAACCAACAUAAAAUAAUAAAGAUGAAGAGAAAAUUGAUAAUGCUGAAGAAUAAGUACCAUUGUUACUGGUUAUAUGUGCAUUCUUUUGAAUAUGCAAGUUUGAAUUUUAUCAAAAUCUUAAUUCUAUUUUAUUAAAAAUAUUAAUGCUAAUAAAAAUGAGAAAUAUAAUGUUAUUCUUAAUGUUAAAUACAAUAUAUAUAUAUGUAUUAUCAAAUCAGCUUGUAUGAUUUCCUAAUGAAUUAGUAUUACAAUGAUUUUGUUUUUCUCAGUUUUGUUAAUCAUGCAGAAUAAGGUAUUGAGUGAUGGAAAGGUAUGUGUUGAGUAUGAGAAAAAAUUCACAAGGUCCAGGGUUGAUAUGUCAGUGUUGGGCUAUUAAUGUGUCCUAGGUCUCAGAUUAUUUUGAAAGUGAUGCUGAUAAAUUAAAAUAUUAGGGUCAUCAUCACAUCAUUGUUGCAAGCAUGGAGAUCAUACCUGUUAUAAAAAUUAUUUUGUAAGUAGUUUUCUUAUUACUUUGAAUAUAACUCUAUGUUGGAUAAGCUGUUAAAAAAAUGUGUGUGUGUGUGUGAGUGAGAGAGAGAGAAAGUAUGCACAUUCAUGCUUUGUUGCUCAUACAACAUAUCAGGCCAUGCAUGAUGGGGCUAUAGACAGAAUAUUAUGAUCAGUUAUAUUCAUAUUUAAUACAUAAAAAUAACCAGAUAUGCAAAGCAUAAAGACCACUUGUAAGGUCAGUUUUAUGCUGCCUUAUUUUGUGAAAGAACAAGCUUCAAAACCCAACAUGUAGAAGACUUUUGACUUCAGGUUUGGGACCACUCUCAAAUGUGAUAAGACAUUAGGGUCUGACCAUACAAAAUAUGGUUUGUUUCUACUGCUCGAUUCUUCUUUAGUGUUCAUUAUUUUUUAUACAAUACCACAAAUAAAUAAAUCAGACCACAAAUUAUGCUUUUUUGCCCUUUCGCUGUAGGAAAACAAAUGUUUCUGGUUAUAGUCUUGCUAUUGUAAUCCUUAGGAUGAGGAAAAGCUCAUUGUAUUUGGUUUGAACAUUCCACUUGUUGUUUGACAGCUUAAGAUUUGUUUGCAUUUUUGUGUCAGCUAGCUUGAUUAAUAUGAGGGUAGCAUAACGGGCAUAUCCACUUCUUCAGUAAAUGUCAGAAAGUACCCUUUUACGCCUAUUUUUUUAUACUUGAAUAUCAUACCACAUCUGUUGAUCUGUUAUAAUCAGCAACAAACUUUUCAGCUGCAUAUAGAUUCAUCAGGGUUGAAGAAUUGUAAACAAGCUGCUUUAACUUGUAAUAAAAUGCAGUUUAUGCCAUCCUGUUAGCCUUUGCAUUUCAAUUUUGUCAUAUAAUCUUUUUGAAUAGUUGAUUUAAUGUUUGCAAAUAAGCAUAGAUUCUCGUACACACAAACACACAUAAAUACACAUAACACUUGAAAUUUGUGUGCAUACUGACUGAAAUAAAGACCAAGAUCUCCACUCAUUAUUGAAAUCUUAAGGCAUUUGUUAAUUACUUAGAAAUGAUCUCUCUUUUAAAGACAUUGGUACUACAGGUGUUCUCCACAAUUUUGCAUGUAACAGAACAACACAGCCUUGCAGAAUUUCUAUCAUUGUUAACGACCAAGCUUAUGUACAUAAAUUACGAUAAUGUCUGUUGUUGGGAUUGUUCUUAUGAAUGUAAUAAGGAGAAGCAGAUUAUAAAACAUUUGCAUAUGAUCUUGCCAUAAUCAAGACAUUCUCCUUAAUGCAAUGGACCAGGCAGUUGGCCUUUCUUGAACGUGCACCUUGUUGAAUGUGCAACUGGAGUUGGCGCCAUGUUUAUGGUAAUAGAGGCGAGCUUGAUGCUAAGGGCAGUAGGGAAUCGGGUCUUGUAAUAGAGGCGGACAUUACAUUCAGACAGAACACUACUCACACAGCUAACAAUGCCAGGAACAUGAAGGAACGCAGAGAUAGUCAUCACGUACAUAGUUUGUAUGACCGUCAUGGAAACACAGAUAUGUAUUCAUGUAAAAAAAAAGUGUCACAUACUCGA